AUGGUUGUCAGGUGACCCAGCAGCAGGCGGGCCAUCCUCAGCUUCUCCUUCGCUUUUGGCACCAAUGUCGGAGGUGUUUGUUGCCUGGAUGAAAUGGACUCUGGCAAUGCUCGAAUUUGAUCAUUCAGAGAUCCGAUCCGUUGAGUCUGUGAAUGGCGCCAAAACAGGACCCUAAACCUAAAUUUCAAGAAGGUGAAAGAGUCCUGUGCUUUCAUGGGCCAUUGCUUUAUGAGGCAAAGUGUGUAAAGAUCAACAUAAAGGAUAAACUGAUUAAAUACUUCAUUCAUUACAGCGGAUGGAACAAAAACUGGGAUGAAUGGGUUCCUGAAAGCAGAGUUCUCAAAUAUGUGGACAGCAACCUUGCGAAACAAAAAGAGCUUCAAAAGGCCAAUCAGGACCAUUAUGUUGAGGGAAAGAUGAGGGGUUUAGCACCAAGCAAGAAGAUUGCUGCUGUGCAGCAGAAAAAUGUUGAUCUGAAAGUGAAAAAGGCAAAGCAGAAGACCCCAGGGCCGGGUGAAGGCACCAGCAGCGGAGAAACGCCGCAGGGACCACGGAAGAAGAGGGCUCGGGUUGAUCCCACUGUGGAGAGUGAGGAGAUGUUCACCAACCGCGUGGAGGUGAAGGUGAAGAUCCCCGAAGAGCUGAAACCGUGGCUGGUGGACGACUGGGACCUCAUCACUCGACAGAAACAGUUAUUUCAUCUGCCUGCUAAGAAGAAUAUAGAGACUGUCUUGGAGGACUAUGCAAACUAUAAGAAAUCAAAAGGAAACUCGGACAAUAAGGAGUACGCGGUAAACGAAGUGGUGGCAGGGAUUCGGGAAUAUUUCAACGUCAUGCUGGGCACUCAGCUUCUUUACAAGUUCGAAAGGCCGCAGUAUGCUGAGGUCCUGUCUGAACACCCUGACAUGCCGAUGUCUCAGGUGUACGGAGCGCCGCACCUGCUGCGCCUAUUUGUUCGUAUUGGAGCCAUGUUGGCCUACACUCCACUGGACGAGAAGAGUCUGGCUUUGCUGCUCAGUUAUCUCCAGGAUUUCCUGAAGUACCUGGUAAAGAAUUCAUCCACCCUCUUAAGUACCACUGAUUACGAGGUCGCGCCCCCAGAGUACCACCGCAAGGCUGUGUGACAGCUCUCACCGCUCGUAUUGAGGCACCUCGUCCACACCACAUGUAAAAUAACCAUUACUACCGUUUUGAGGUUACACUUGGAUGAGAUUGUUUCCUUUGAACAGAUAUGCUUCUUCCACAAAGGUCUCAGGAGCUUGUCACACUUGAGAAGUAUAAAAACUAUUUAGGAAACCUUUUUUUUUUUUAGCUGAAUCUCUCUCCUCUUUUAUCUCCUUUUUGUUCUUUUUCUCUCACCUCUGUGAAAGACACAAGAAAAAAUGUAUUUUCUGUCGACAAGUUACCGUUUCCACAAGCAGCUCUUUGGUGUUUUUGUGCAUUUCACCGGAUAGAUAUUUGUUACUGUUGCAUGUAUGUAUUUAUUAGUGUUCCUUCUGCCACAUGAGGUGCAAUUUAAUGCUGGACCACAUGGUCAGCACUCAGCAGUUGAUGUUUUUGUAUCUUGUGCAUUUGUAUGAAUUUGUAAAAAAAAAAAAAAAAAGUUUCUACACAAUCUUUA